AUGCCGCCCUUUCAGCCUGAGCGGGUUGCUGUUAUAGGGGGCGGUUGCACGGGUAUCACGACCACCUGGGCGUUGCAGAAUUCCACCCAUGACGUUCAUCUAUUUGAAGCCUCAGACUCUCUUGGUGGGCGCGUAACUGCCCUGCCCUUUGAGCAUAAUGGUCACCGAGUUGAUGUCAAUACAAGUUCUCCCACUUUCAAUGCCGGGGCCUCUCCAAACCUCGUUUCGUUAUUAGAACACCUUGGGAUUACCAGUGUUAAGGCUCCGUUCUCCUUUGGGGCUACGGAUGGGAUUGACAGUUUCCAAUGGUGUGGUAGCAUACUGAAAAGCAUUCUUCUUCGUCCAUGGCAACUUUGCAACUUAGAGACCUAUCGCAUACUGUGCGAUGCCAUUUGGCUGAAAUUCAUGGCCGUGGAUGUACUCGAUCCCGGCUUUGAGGCUUGUAAACCCACGGAUCCCCAGUCGUUAUCCACGCAUGAGUACCUCGCAGGCGAAGAGUACUCCAAUACCUUCAUCGAGAACUACCUAGCCCCACUGCUGUCCAUUCUGUGGAGCACGAAUGCGGGGAAGUUCCUGCCACGGGUUCCUGCGAAAGCCCUCGUCCAGGCCCUGUAUCAUCACCAGCUGCUGAAGCCUCGUCAAGCCUUGCCAAACUGGCGUCGUAUCGGACCAGGAGUGAGCCAGUUCAUCCAGACCAUGACCAAAAGCUUCCCAUCCUCGAAGGUUCAUCUCAAGACUAGAGUAACGGAGAUUGUUCAGUAUGGAAAGAAGUACGGUAUCAUGACAUCUGCAGGCGAAGAACUGUUCUUCAACCAUAUCAUCUUCGCCGUCAACGGCCAGGAGACCAUCAAGAUACUGGGAUCGCUCGCAAAUGAGCAAGAAAAAGAGAUCAUCCGAAGUUUAGUUUCGACUAGGAACAUUUCUGUUCUACAUUCUGAUCCUCUGCUCAUGCCCAACGUCGAGGAUCCCGGUCCCGCCUGCAACUACAUCCUAGGCCCCAGCAACCAAGACUGGCAAACCCAACCAAGCACCACCACAUCUCACAUCUCCAGCCUCAGCUACAUCGCCAACUUCCUCGACAGCAUCCCAUCCCACCUCUUCGGCCCCAUAUACAUCACCCUAAACCCCUUCACCCCACCGCACCCAAGCCACGUGCAAGGCGUAUGGGAGUUCACCGACCCGGAGCCAAGUACCCAGACCCUGAUAGCACAACAUCAUCUCCCCACCAUGCAGAACAAACGUGGUCUAAGUUACGGUUUCUGCUGGACAGGACGCGGACACUUAGAAGAUGCCAUCACGGCUGGUCUCAAGAUCGCCAUCCAGGAUUUAGGCGCCGAGGCCCCGUUCCACGUGCAAUUCCACCAGGAUCCAUUGGAGGCGGCUGCAUCAGGGCCUCCUCCGAGCCUCGGCCUGAGAGAUAAUGUGGUCCGGACGAUCAUUCGUUUGAUUCAUGUUUAUGUUCUUAUUCUGAGAUUUGUUUUGGUCCUGUUGAGGGCUUUGCCGGGUGUGGCUGGGAAGGCGAAGACGAGGUUUAGACCGGUGUGCCAUACCAGUACUGCCGGUGGUAAGAAGAAGAGGUCUUGA